AUGGAAGCAUUCGAAGAGGCUAUAGCGGCCUCAAAAGAGCAAGCAUUGAUCCUUAAAGGGAAGCGUACAAAGCGACAACGUCCACAAUCUCCUAUUCCUUUCUCUAUAUCCCCUCCUAUAGUUGAAGAAGAAGUGUCCAAUGUUCUUGAUUCCAAGGAAAAUGCUGUUGAAAACCUCAAAAAGGAUGGUGUGAUCACGUCUUCAUCUUCAUCAGCCUCUUGGUCUUCUAACCACAACCCCACAUUGAAGGCAGAAGAAGACGAGGAAGAUCAAGACAUAGCUAAUUGUUUGAUACUCCUUUCUCAGGGACACUCUUUUCCCCAACACAACCAACAACAGCUCAAGAUACCUAACCAAGAAAUAAACAAUAAUAACACGUAUAGAUUUAGCAGCAGGAGGUUUCUAGAGACUUCUUCAUCAAACGGUGGUGGUAAAUCAGGUUACUACGUUUAUCAAUGCAAAACAUGUGACCGGACCUUCCCUUCUUUUCAAGCUCUAGGUGGCCAUAGAGCUAGCCACAAAAAACCUAGAGCCACCUCCUUCUACUCCAACCUUGACCUAAAGAAGAAUAUCUACGAAAACGACGCCGCUUCACUCAUUACAACCACAAAUAUUUACAAUAACAACAAGAACAAUAACAAUAGAUCGCUUGUCGUUUACGGGAAGGCAGGUAACAAUAAAGUUCAUGAAUGUGGAAUAUGUGGAGCUGAGUUUACGUCAGGACAAGCCUUAGGUGGUCACAUGAGACGACAUAGAGGCGCGGUGGUUGUGGCUGCGGCACCGGCUCCCAUUGUAACGGUGGCUACGGCUGCGGCCAACACGGAGUUAUCAUUGUCUUCCAUGUCGUAUGAUCAAAUAUCCGACGGUCUAGAUCAUCUGGUGAUGCCAGAGACAAAGAAAGCUAAGAAGAUGGUCGUGUCAUUGGACUUGGAUCUUAAUCUACCCGCACCGGAAGAUGAAAAUAGGGUCAACGGGUUGAGCCUAGCUUUGAAUCAAAAACACGAAGAAGAACAAGAACAUCAACAGACGAAACAAAGAGAAGAACCAAUGUCUCUUGUCUUGUCUGCUCCUAGUUUGGUGGAUUGCUAUUACUGA